CACAGAAUACACUAUACAACCCAUUCAACAUUGUCAAAAUGGCCAGACUGAACGGCUCCGGGAUCACGGACGAGCCUCUUAGGCUCUCGGAGAUCGACUAUGAUACCCGGCACAAGAUCUAUGGGGGCAUGGUUCUGAAAGGAGGAGCCCUGGAGCGCGGCAUGGCCUACGGAGGGGUCUUUGCUGACAAGAUCAAGGCCAAUGUCCAUCGACGCAUGAAUGACCCGAACAUGCCCUCAUGGUAAGUUGACGACCUUCCUCGCCCAGGGUAUUCCGAGUGAGCAAAUCGAACCGCUGACCGUUGUCGUCAGGGAGGUCUGCUCGCAGCUGAUCAUACAGCACUACAUUCCGUCCCUGAGGGACCAGUGGCUGAUUGGAUUCGAUGAAAUGCGCGGCAUUGCAUUGGGAAGCGGCGUGCCCCUCGAACGUGUGGUCUUCCUCAAUGUAUGGGAGGACCUUGCCGCCAUCGGCCACAUAGGAAAGUCGGGCGACCGACGCGGGGGCCGGCCGCCGCAGCCACAAGAUGCAGACGAAAGCAUCAGCGCCUUCUUCUCUCCCACGGCAACUGUCGACGGCGAGACCGUCCUCGCGCAUUCCUUGAGCUCGUCCAAGAAGAUCCAAGACGAGAACCUCAUGGUUUACCUUGAGAUCCGUUAUCCCGAAGCGGAUUUUCCCACCAUCUUUACCGUGGUCGAGGCGGGCAUGAUCAGCGGGUGCGGCAUGAACUCGGCAGGCCUGGCGGUGACGGCCAACUGUCUCUGGUCGACCGAUGACCACCUCCCUCAGACCGGCCGCGGCUUCUACUUUCCUGUCACGUGCAUGCAGCGCUUUCUUCUUGAGAGCUCGGACAUCCACGAAGCCCAAGCGGCUAUUCACGACAUGCGGCGGCACGCAUCAAAGCAUGUGCUGCUUGCGGAUGAGUCUAGAUCACUCUCGUUGGAGCUCGGCCCGGAGCACGUCUUUACCCACCAUGCGAGGUACGACAGCAAGGCCAAGGUGCACACGAACCACUUCCAGUCGUUUGAAGCAUUCCAGUGGCGCCGCCAGAUCUUGGACCGAUACCAGGGAAAAAGCAGCCAGGCCCGACUCUACCGCCUCGAGCAUCUCAUCGAUGACCGCGUGCCUGACCGGAUGUCGAGACAGGACAUCGUGGAUGUGUUCUCUGACCACAACGGCGAUGUCCAAAGCAUCUGUCAACACAACGACGAGGGAUGCCAAGACAGGACGACCGUGUCGUUCGUCAUGUUCAACCCGAAGAGGAAAACUAUCUCGGCGUGCAAAGGUCCCCCGUGCGAGGGACAGAUGAUGCACUUUACGCUGGAAACGGCCGCCGAAGCGGCUGCGCGCAAGCAGCAGGAGGAGGCGGCCAGACGUCUCCGUGGCAGCGGCGGUAUGCGUCGGCGUGUCAGGGAGGAGAUGGAUAUGGAGACACCGCGGUCUCGGGCGCCGUCUCCGCCCAAUCAUCGGUUUGACGGCCUUGUGUACCCUUCCCCGGUCGGGGUUACUUCGUCAUUGGACGCCAUGUUCUCGCUCACGACGAAGGACUUUGAGAAGCUGGAGAGUGUCCGGAAGGAGAAAAGAAAGGCCAAGGAACCAACCGGUGCCAGGAUGAAGUCGACGAAAAGGAAGGAGGCUUGAGCAUCGAGUAUCUGGUAAGCAGGUACUGCAGAGGAAGGAGAACAAGACUCAGUUGUAGUGUGUAGGGAUAGCGGCAUUUCUUAGUGGAGGGCGUGUGGUAUGUGGGAUAGAGUCUCUAGUGUAGGUUUGCUUUUCAAAAUUCAUCAAAGCGGGAAUCCAGACUCCUGUCGGGGACUCGGAUGAAAAAAAGCUGCCAAGAAGUGAUGUGCCGAAC